AAUCUUUUCCAAAAAUAUUGAAAUUUUUACAUGGAAACUCCUUUAAAAAGCUGUUGGUUCUUUGAAAAAUCUAGUUUGAAGUAAUCGGAAGCAGUCAUCGGUCGGGAUCUUUUGGGAUUUUCUAAUAAAACUUAAAAGCUCGAAUCGAGACAAAUUAACAUUGAAUAAUGGCUGGGGGAGAUAAGAAACGACGUUCCCGUUCCCGUGAACGAGUGGGUGGCGGUGGUGGCGAAGGCGGUCGGAUGAUGGGGGACCGGUAUCAGGAAAGGGAACGAGAAAGAGACCGGGACCGGUUCGACCGAAUGGAUCGGGAGAGGGAACGGGAACGGGACCGAGACCGGGAUCGGUUUGAUGCUGGCCGGGAUAGAGAACGAGAAAGGGAAAAGGAUCGGGAGAGGGAUCGUGGAGGACGCUCGGAACGACAGUCAACGGGAGAAUCCGGUAGGAAACGGUCAAAGUCGCGGGAACGGGAGAAGGAGACCGACCGGAAAAAGAAGGACGAAAAGGAAAAGAAAGAAGAAGCUGCGGAUGAGGAUAGCGAGGAAGCGAAGGCCAGAGUUAAGAGGGAAUCCCAGAAAAAGGAACCACUUUCGCUGGAAGAGUUGUUGGCUAAGAAGAAACCGGAAGAGGAAGCUCGUAGCAAACCGGUUUUCAUUACGAAGGAACAAAGGGCAGCGGAAGCUCUUAAGCGGAGACAGGAGGAGGUCGCCGCUAUGAGGGCUGCAUCGGCAAGUGCUGUACCGAAAUUUGGGGAUGUUCCAGUGACCUCUCUUUUGAAUCGGGAGAAAAGGGAUCCACUGGAGAAGUAUGAUCGGCGAGAUAGGGAAAGAGAAAGAGAACGAGAUCGGAUGAGAGAACGAGAAAGGGAAAGAGAUGGAAAGGAUCGUGACAAAGAAGAGGAUGAUAAGCGCAAAUCACUGGGACAAGAAGAAAAUACUACCAAGGAUAAAGAAAAGGAACAGGAAGCUAUCCGGGAAAGGUAUUUGGGGAUUAUCAAAAAGAAACGACGAGUUAGGAGGCUGAACGAUCGGAAGUUCGUUUUCGAUUGGGAUGCCGGUGAGGAUACGUCGAUUGAUUACAACAAUUUGUACAAGGAACGACAUCAUGUGCAGUUCUUCGGCCGUGGGAAUAUAGCCGGUAUCGAUAUCAAAGAGCAAAAGAAAAAGCAAAGUCGAUUCUACGGCGAUCUUCUGGAAAAACGUCGAACCGAAGCAGAGAAAGAACAAGAGAAGGUCCGGCUGAAGAAAGUCAAGAAGAAGGAGGAGAAACAGAAAUGGGAUGAUCGUCACUGGUCCGAAAAAGAAUGUAAUGAAAUGACUGAGCGAGAUUGGCGUAUUUUUAGAGAAGAUUACAAUAUCACCAUCAAGGGUGGCAAAAUUCCUAAUCCAUUCCGUAACUGGAAGGAGUCUGGCUUUCCGAAAGAAAUCUUGGAAAUCAUCGAUAAAGUCGGUUACAAAGAUCCGAUUCCAAUUCAGAGGCAAGCCAUCCCUAUCGGUUUGCAGAACAGAGAUAUUAUUGGUAUUGCCGAAACCGGUUCCGGUAAGACGUUGGCUUUCCUGAUUCCACUAUUGACUUGGAUUCAAUCGCUCCCGAAAAUGGCUCGCCUCGAAACGGCCGAUCAAGGUCCUUAUGCUAUCAUUAUGGCUCCUACCCGUGAGUUGGCGUUGUUUAAGUGA